CACACACACACACACACACACACACAGCUGACUUGUCAGUUGUGAGGUUGGAGGUGGGGGACUUUGUGCCCACUAAGCGACCUUCUACUUCAAGUGCCUGUUUGUCUGAGGCUGGACUUGAAGCCUCCAGCGUGUUUGGAGUUAAUUCCCAUUAGGUUGGACUCCGCCCCUCUCUCCCAAAGGUAAAGCAAGGUUUUCAGGCAUCACUGCAAAGAGCAGCUGGGAUUCCCAUCCCUGUCUGACAAGCUGCGAGGAGUUGUUUCUCAGAUCUGAGCCCGAAGAGUGGGAACAAGUCAGUCAGCCUUCGUGGUCAGAAGAGAAACCUACAAUCAUGAGGAGCAGCCUGACCAUGGUGGGAACCCUCUGGGCCUUCCUGUCCCUUGUUACUGCUGUGGCUAGUUCUACCAGUUACUUCCUGCCUUAUUGGCUCUUUGGAUCCCAGCUGGGGAAGCCAGUGUCAUUCAGCACAUUCCGGAGGUGCAAUUACCCUGUGCGGGGAGAGGGACACAGUCUGAUCAUGGUGGAAGAGUGUGGGCGCUAUGCCAGCUUCAAUGCCAUCCCAAGCCUGGCCUGGCAGAUGUGCACUGUGGUGACAGGUGCUGGCUGUGCUCUGCUGCUCCUGGUGGCACUGGCUGCUGUCCUAGGUUGCUGCAUGGAGGAGCUCAUCUCCAGAAUGAUGGGACGUUGCAUGGGAGCAGCACAGUUUGUGGGAGGACUGCUGAUAAGCUCAGGCUGUGCAUUAUACCCCUUAGGAUGGAAUAGCCCAGAGGUAAUGCAAACCUGUGGGAAUGUCUCCAAUCAAUUUCAAUUAGGUACCUGUCGGCUCGGCUGGGCCUAUUAUUGUGCUGGAGGUGGAGCAGCUGCAGCCAUGUUGAUCUGCACCUGGCUCUCUUGCUUUGCUGGAAGAAAUCCCAAGCCUGUCAUGCUGGUGGAGAGCAUCAUGAGGAACACCAAUUCUUAUGCCAUGGAGCUUGAUCACUGCCUCAAACCUUGAGCUUUGAAAGAAGAUUGGAGAGGGUGGGAAAGGAGAGGGAAGGAAACCGCAAAAAAAGAUACUAAGACUAGACCGGUUGUCACCUAACUGCCAGUAGUGUAGCCUAGUGUUUGCAUGCUUUUUAACUAACCUGAUAUUCAUUUUCACUUUUCUCUAUACCAGUAGGUCAGUGGCUAUUUACAAAAUUCAGCUAUAACAAUAAUUCUCUCAAAUGUCUACUCAACCAGCGAGUGCCUACUAGCCCUGAAGUCCCAAAGUGCUCCAUUAUACAAAAUAAGAU